GAACUUUAAUGCCAUUCUAUUUGGUUUUACGGAAAUGGCAACAUCUAAAUACUACUUCUUCAAAGAUGGCAUCAAUUUCAAGAGAUUCCGGUAAUACUGAUAUGCAUGUGUCUUUUGAAGACCAGCAAAAAAUAAAUAAAUUUGCAUGCCAGAAUGCAAGAUUAGAUGAUAUUCUUGAUGAACUUAAAUCAAAAGAGAAUGAACAGCAAGCUCUGGAAGAUGCAGAAUCAGAGCUUUUACUAGCAGUAGAACAGGAGAAAAUCCCUUUUAGAGUAGGUGAUAUUUUUACGUAUGUAAGUACAGAUGAAGCCCAACAGAUGAUUGAGGCAAAGAAAGAUGAAAUUGCUAAGGAAAUAAAUUUGUUACGUGAUCAACGAGAAUGUAUCAAACAAGUUAUGUCUGAUCUCAAAGUUCAAUUAUAUGCAAAAUUUGGGAGUAAUAUUAAUUUAGAACCUGAAUAACAUUUAGAGUAUUUUAGAUCUAGCAUCUCGAAAGCUAUAGAAGGAUUAAAAGGCAAGAGCAAUGGACGUGUUUUAUAGGAAAUUUGGGAUUAAUUUCUUGGCUGUUGAAGAAUUUUUGGAAGAACAACAAAAACAAAAUGAGUUGAAUCUUCUCCUUUUCAUCCCCAAAGUCUUUCUCUUAACAUGUUUAUCUUCCUGGUAGACACAAGCAUUGAAGCAAGCAAAGAAAUUGAAAACCAACAAUUUAUUAAAAAAUUCAUAUUAUAUGUCUCAGUGCACCAUAUAUAUCUUAGUUUCUGUACUAAAUUUUAAAAUUUUUGCCAUGCUUUUCAUUCUAAAAAUCUGCCACAUUGGCUUUACCGGCAGCCCUCACCUUAUUUCAUAUUUAUUCUCAUAUUAUUGGAGAAAUAAAUUAUAAGUUUUUUGUAUACAUUCCAAAUACAGGCAGUUCUUUAGAAGGAGAGAAUUAUUUAAUUAAAUCAGAAAAUUUUAAAAUGAAGAGAGAACUCAUUGAAGAAGAAACUGAUUUUAUAAAAGAGGCUUCAGAAAAAAUAUUAACAAACUAGGAAAUGAAACCGAGACUAGUGGGAACAUUGACUUAUUUAUUGAAACAAAUAAACUUAGAAAAGAUGCUAAGGAAAAGGAAAUUUAUGUAAAUUAGCUAAAAUAUUUAGAAAAUUUUCAAAUUAAAAAGAUCUAUAAAUAUUUUGUUGUUUGUAGUUGCUACAAAGCAUAAAUAUUUCAUAGCGUUUAUGAAUAUCAUUUUAGAAUCAAUGUCAUAAAUUAUAAUUCUGUAAAAUGUUCUUAGUGCUUUUUCAUUGGGUAAUUUUUUAAAUAAAAACUGGAAUCAUAACCAUCUAAAUCUGUUGUGACUAAGGAUAUCUAGCUAUGUAAUUUAAUUAUUUGUAACUAACUGCUUACUGUUAAAAGUUUUCUCUGCAUGUGAAGGUGAUUUAUUGGUUUUUCCUUAACGCCUUCUUGGUUGGAUUUUUUAUUGGAUUUCUCACCUCAAAAAAGAAUUUGUUAAUAUGAGCCACUUUCACUCAGAAAAUCCUCCUUGAAGAUGUUCCUUCUUUAACAGACUGUGCCAUAAUCAGAAUUUUUUUUUUUAAAUUCAAAUGAACGUAUCAAGGCACUUGUACAGUUUCAGAAGAGUAUUAAUGUAAAGUUUGAAAUGCUGCAAGUGUUGACAGCUUAUUUAUCAAAUGUUUGAAAUUUAUAGAAGGCAAUGAUAUGAGAGAGGGAGAAGAAGGAUAUUGAAUACGGAAUGCACUCAAGGACUGUCUAAGAGGAGGGAAGCUUUUGUAGAGGACUCUCGUAUGGAAAUUGGCUUGUAUUUACAUUACAUGUGGGAAAACCAUGAAAACCAUCCAUGUAGUUAGCUCAUUUAUUUGGAUUCUAACUUUGGCAAAACUACUAGUAUUCAGCCAUGUUAACUACUUGGUCACUGGUGGACCUGGAGAAGGAGGGAAAAAUGCCAUGAGAUGUAUUGUUUUAACAAAUGCAUUAUAAUUCAUUGGACACUUAGAUAUUAUCAUAUGAAUAUUCUUUAAUCUCAUUUUGGUAUAGUAAUGGGUAAGUUUAAAAUAUUAUGAAAUGACUAAAAUGUAAGAUAGAGAGGUAAUGAGUGGGUAUGAUUGCCAUGAACGCUAAUCUCUUAGAUUUUUUUUUUUUUUUUUAACACAAAACUUAAUUAAGUAUGACCCCCCAAAAAGUUGCUUUAGAUGUAUCUCAUGAAAUUGUCUUCCUAAAAAUGCAUUCAUUUUUAUUAAAAUGAAACUUCUUUUUUUCCUCCCCAUUUUAGUUCCCUGAUAAUAUUUACAGUGGCAUUGCCUUUGUGAGGAUGAAAGUGGAAGCUUGUUUACAGCUUUUUGCGCAGUUGGUUUUGUAUUAACACAUGCUUGUAAAUACCAAAUGUAAAAUUUAAAAAAAAAAAAAAACAAAAACAAAAAAAAACAUAUAUAUAUA